AUGUUGAGACGGAUUUUUCAUCGUCGAAUAAGAUGUUUAACAGCCCUACUAACUAUUAACGUUGUCGUAGUUACAAAACUCAUACGGAGCUUUACUGAUUCUAUAGAUAAACCCAAAGAGCAUCAAAAUGUAGACAAACGUUCAGAAGAACCAAUGUUAAAGUCAUUCGUUACAAAUCGGUCAAUUCCGUACCUUCGUCGCGGAAUCACCCGAGGAUUGCCGAUUUUUAAUAAGAAUAACGAGAACAAAGUUGGAGCUGGAGUUCGUCUUAGUUACGACAAUACAGAAGAGAUAGGUGUGAAACAAGCAGGUAGUAUCGAUUCAAACAGAUAUGAUCCUGCAAAACCGAUUAAUUUUAUUCCACUAGUGCCAAAAUUCUCUGUUUCUGAUAUCGUUUACCGGUUGUCAGAUACAUUACGACAUGAAAAUCUUAAGCUUGACAAUACCAUAUAUUCUUAUAAGAUAUUGAUAUUAACACCGUUACAUAAUAGUGAGAAGACAUUGUUUAGAGUUUUGAGUACGGACGGAACAGUAAAGAAAGCUAAAAUUAUCAUAGAGGAGUUGAAGGCGUCUGGGUUUCGUAUAAACAUCAGUUUUUAUCAUUUUGAUAUCGGUAAACAAGUAAGUGGGGAUUGGUGGAAUAUUCAUCAGAGAAUUCAACAAUAUAAACGUAGACAACACUUGGCUAAAGCUAGAAAUUUAUUGUUAAAAAACGCUUUAUCCGAUCAAGAUUAUGUGUUAUGGAUAGAAAGCGACAUAGGCGACUUACCUCAAGAUAUAAUACAACAAUUGUUAUUUGCCAAAAAGGUUAUCGUCAAUCCCUCAUGUUUAUUUAAACAAGGACGAACUGUCAGAAAUUAUGACAAAAACAUGUGGAGAGAAACGCCCCUUUCUCUAGAGAAACAAAUGAAAAUGCCUGCUAAUUAUCUGAUACUCGAAGGUUAUGGUUCAACUUCUAGGAUAUACUUACCCGAUCUGCGUGGAGAAGGGCGUAUUGUCCCCCUAGAUGGUGUUGGUGGUUGCACUCUUCUUGUACGAGCACCGUGUCAUAGAAAAGGUUUAGAUUUUCCAGAAACUCUGUUUGACCACCAUAUUGAAACAGAAGGUUUAGCUAAAAAGGCAAAAACAAUGGGUUACUCCGUUGAUGGCAUGCCAUUUGUAGAAGUGUUUCAUUUUUGA